GACUCGCUCAUUUCCCCCGGCUCCUUCUCUCAAAUGUCCAUCCACAAUGGCCUGGAUCCAUUCCAGGCAAAGCUCGCCGCUGCUGCUACUGGCGCGACGAUGACGGCGCUCACUAUGACGCCAUUUGACGUCGUCAAAACACGGCUACAAACACAGCGACCUAGCUCCCAGCCUCUGUUCGUACGGCCACCGCCUAAUACAUGCUGUCAGCCUCUCAAUAGGCCCUGUGUAAGAAAUCUGUCGUCGUUGGCACGCCCCAUUGCGGAGGAAGAGCUCGUCUGUGUCUGGGAGAACGGCGUGUUCAGGGCGGAGCGGGUCAAUGGAUUUUACGAUGCAGUAAAACAUGUGUGGAAGGCAGAAGGUCUGCGUGGUCUCUGGAAGGGAUCUGGAACAACAUUGGUCAUUGGGGUUCCGUCCUCAACGGCAUACAUGCUAACUUAUGACCAUCUUUUGAAUGUCGUGCUUCCGCCAAUACUACCCAAUGAUAAUCUCGUUCCUUUGACGUCGGGAAUACUUGCUCGUACCACAAUAUCUACAAUUGCUUCUCCACUGGAACUCGUACGGACCAAUCUACAAUCGACACCUCUCGCGGCAGAUAAACCUCAUACCCUACGUUCCGUUCUCACAUCAAUUCGGCAGCUUGUCAAGACCCAAGGUCCUCGUUGUCUAUGGAGGGGGCUUGGGCCUACAUUAUGGCGGGAUGUGCCAUUUUCAGGUUUUUACUGGUUUAGCUACGAGACCUUGAAGAAAGGGUUUGCUCGGCAGGGGCAGAGCAAUGCAUGGGUCGCAUUUUUGUGUGGUGCUGUCAGCGGGACUGCCGCCGCACUGAUAACGUCGCCAAUGGAUGUUCUCAAGACCCGACGUCAAGCGCUGGUCAUGGGAGCAGCAUCAGACGCGCCCAAAGUUACAUCGACUAUCGGUCUUCUCAGCCAAAUCGUACGUAAAGAAGGACCCUCAGCCUUGUACACUGGAAUUACGCCGCGCAUGGCUAAAAUUGCACCAGCAUGUGGUAUCAUGAUUGCCUGCUUUGAGGGAGUCGGAAAGUUUUUGGCCAAGGCCUGACGCAGACGGAUCGUUAGACUGUGUUAUCAACUUCAACCAUGGAUUAUCUAUUGAAUAAUGUAUCAUACACACACACACUAGUACUACAUACAGACAUGAAAACCAAGGGAAUGCAGAUAUGUUAUAAAUUCGUACGAC